GCUGGGCCGUGGUCGGUUCCCGGUUUUCUCGUCUCCGAGUUUCCUCAUGAGGUUCUCUGUGUGAGGAGGGGUAGGGGACACUGUGGUCCCAGCCCUCUUCGCACCAUGCCUGCCGGCGUCCCUUGGCCCACCUACUUGAAGACGCUGGCGGCCAGCAUGCUGGCUAUGUUUGCCGGCGCUGAGGUCGUGCACAGGUACUACAGGCCUGACCUUAGUAUACCUGAAAUACCUCCUAAGCCUGGAGAGCUGAAAACGGAACUGUUGGGUCUAAAAGCACGAUCAGACGAAGUUCAGACUUCGCAACAGUGACCAGAAUUUACUUACAUUGUGAGAAGUGGAACUGGUAAAAUAUUUGCUCAACUGCUUCAGCUGCAGAAAUCCAGAUGUGAAUUACUGUACUCCCUUAGUACUUUUUUUUGUGCUUAAAGUAAACAUACAAUGAAUGCUGUUAA